AUGACGUCAUCUCGCGGAUAUCACAGAGUGGACUCGAGUGAUGUGGCAAGUCUCAUGGAAGAAGACGACAAUCCGCACGAGGCGCUGAUCCAUCGCAACAACGAUGAUUAUGGUGAGCAAAAUGCGUUUUCAGGGCUAUGGCCUUAUUUUUUCCGUAUUCUAGACACGAUUUCCGUCAUUUUAAGCGCUUGCGGGCGGCUGUAGCAUUUUUUUGAAAUUAGUUAUGAAACAUUUGAAGUUGGAACCUUUCCGGCAACCAAAAGAAAGGAAAAGUAUGUUUCUAACAGCUCCCAGCCCUAAAAACUGUCAGAUUUGUCAAAAUUUCGAAUGCAAAAGACUUUUUCCCAAACUGGGAAUCGAACCGGCGUCGACCAAAAGCGCACCGGCGGAGCAGUGUACUCCCCACUGCUCCACCGAUGCUCUUGGAGUCAGGGGCGGCCAGUGCAAUGAUAAUCAGGCUGAAAUUGAUAACCGUGCGGCAUUUGAACAUCUUUUUUUCCAGAAAAAGUAUCAUUUUCCUCUGAAAUUCUGCUCCAAUCCGUACCGAAUUUUUUGUGUAUCAUCUUGAAAUGGACCAUGACGAUUUGUCAAAGUUUGGGAACCAAAAAACCAACGAAAACCCUAAAAAGCUCAAAUAAGCGAUAAAAGUUUAUGAUUCGGCUGUUAAGACAGCAAUAUCUGAUUUAGCCUCGACGUAUCAUCACGUGGGCGUCGAGUACGACAGCUACGACGAGCUGGAACGGCACGAGAUGGACGACCGGGUGACCGACAUUCCGGAAGGAUUCCAUCGCAGGCAACGAAGGGUUAGUCCUCUUUUUUGCUGACUUUCUCAAGUUUGAACACGUUUGACAUGCUUUUUUGAGUGUCUUUUUGCAUGGUUUUCAAAGUUUUCAAAAAAAAAUCUGGUAUGAUCAAAGUUCAACUUUGAGUCUAUGUAACUCGGUUAGUUUUGAAGAUUUUUAUAAAGUUAAAAAAGGAUUUGAAAGAUAAUUUUAUGCUUUACAACUUUGUAGUUGAACGUUUUUUACUGUCAUGUUUGGGAAAUGAGAUAUUUCAAUUUUUCCAAGAGACCUGCAGAGAGCCAGCGAAAAGUUCCACAUUUUAGGCUAACUUUAAACCUCCGUAACUUAGCUGGUUUUGAACAUUUUUCUAAGGUUAAAAAAGGAAUUGAAAGACAAUUUCAUGCUCUACAACUUUGCAGUUAUAAGUUUUUUUAUAUCUCUUCUACAAACCGAGCUAUUUUCAAUUAUUCAGACCCUACCCGAAAAUCAGAGUUAUUUUACUUGCCUUCCAAAAUUUGUCUCGUUCUUCUGCAAAAAUAAAGCCAGUCCUCAGCAAGUACUAGUUCCCUCUCUCUCUCUCUUUCUCUCUUCCAAACACGAGAAGAAAAAAUGAAAAAGUGACCAGAAAAAGUGAGUUUGCUGAUAGGCUGUCCAUCAAAAAUUGUCCGACAACUCUCGCGCCAACCAAACAUUUUUUCGAAUUGUCAGAAAAAGAACAAGUACUAACUUUUAUUCUCCUUCUUCCAUUUUUUACCAACCAUAUAAUAUUCGCCUCGCAAAUUCUGUACGGUUCUCAGUUUUCGACACACGACAUUUUUUUUAUUUAGCGCCAACAAAAAGGUUAAUGGAGUUUUUCAACAUAUCCAAAUUUUUUAUCAACGAUAAAAAUGCGAAUAAAAGAGAGGUUUUGGAUGUUGCCGAACAACUAAUAUUCGGUGAUGACGUGGCAAUCGAGGAGGAGUUGAGGAUGCGCUCCAAAUUGCGCAGAAGGGUAACACUGGAAUUUGAGCGCACGUAUCUCGGUUAAUUUUAAAGAUUUUAAAACGGUUAAAAAAGCAUUUGAAAGAAAAUUUCAAGCGCUACAACUUUGUAAUUGAUCAUUUUUUGCUAAAUCUAUUGUGAGCUUUAGAAUUCGCCACUUUUCUAGAGCGCUCCUAUUUCGCAGUUGGAAAGCAGUCACUUUGUGCGCUUUCUGCGCUUUCUCGUUAACUGUUAAACUAUGAAGUCAUAGAGCAUCAAAUCAUCUUUUAAUUCGUUUUUAGACAUUCAAAAAAUCUUUAAAAUUAACCGAGUUAUGUCGAUUUAAAGUGAGUGAAAAAGUUAUGUCGAUGUAUAGCCACUGUUCAGAAAAUUCAAAAUAUCCGGGCUCACAGACAUUUUCAAUAAAAAGUGUCAACUGCAAAGUUAUAGAGCAUAAAAUUAUCUUUCAAACCCUUUUUAAAUUGUAUGAAAAUCUUCAAAACUGACCGAGUUACGUAGGUUGAAAGUGAGUAUGUUUGUUUAUAAAUACCCUUUAGAAAAUUAAAAAUAACCGGGCUCACAGACAUGUUCAAUAAAAAGUGUCAACUAGAAAGUUAUAGAGCAUAAAAUUAUCUUUCAAAUCCUUUUUAAACUGUAUCAAAAUCUUCAAAACUGACCGAGUUACAUAGGCUCAAAGUUGUCCCCCGCCCCCCGAAGCAUGUUCCACACCCGCAUGGUUUUGCCCUCCAUUUUUCAGGAAGCUCUAUUCGGCGAAGAAGUGACACGAGCGGGCCUCGGAAGAGCCGAAUACUAUGAAGACAGUCAUCUGAUUCAUAGUUGUGAAAAGGUUCGUUCGUUCAAAAGUCGCAAAAUCCCAAAGCCGUACCCGCUCACAAUCAGAUGUUUUUUUUUUUUUUAGAAAAGUGGCUCCGACGAGGAGCCGGGGGUGUGUCCGUAUGCAAAAAUGCAUAAAAAGCGGGCAAAACGGCCAAAAAUUUACAUUGAAAACGAGCAAAUUGAGUUGGACAUUGAAAUUAGUCUAAUUUCAGCGAUUGCAGUGAGUUGCAUGCGUUUUCGACCCCUCUUUCCCCCGUUUUCGUUUGCAAUAACCACUCGUUUACAUUCAUAAUAUAUUCACUAACAAUCUAUCCAAGAACUAUCCGAAAAGUAUGCCGCCAAAAAACAAAAAAAAAGUGUUCAGAGCGGACACGAAGACAUUGACGACGAAAGCGACGAGGAGAGCAAAGAUGAGGACGAGGAGGAGGAGGAGGAGACCGGAAUACGGAAGUUUGCGAAACUCGUACUUCCGCACGUCGGACUCGUACUCCUCACGUGCACCUACACAGUCAUCGGAGCACUCAUAUUCUACAGUGUCGAGCAGCCGCACGAGCAGAUGAUGAAGGAGCAGCAGGUAUUCUCUUUCUCUUUCUCUCUCUCUCUCUCUCUUUCUCUCUCUCUCUCUCUCUCUCUCUCUCUCUUUCCGUUGCCCUUCUUCUGAAGACAUUCGUCAAAUGCGUCGUGUCUCUGUUGUUUGUCCCCCCAAAAACUGCAGGACACCCCCCAAGUACAAGUGUUCCAGUCAGGGUGUGUUUUAGGCAACCAAACACCGAUAA